AUGUUGAAACUGGUUUUCAGAGCAGGCAUAUCUAAACGAGCCUACUCCGCUAAGGCGGUCAAACUUACUGUGGAGACGUACCCCAACCUCCAGCGUGGAGACUAUGGUACGCUCGAGGAGUCAGACCUCACACGCUUCAGAUCGAUCCUGGGUGAUUCCUCGGUUUUUGUCGACGAUAUUGAGGGGUACAAUGAAGAUCAGAUGCGCAAAUACCGUGGUCAAUCGCAAGUUGUCCUAAAACCCAAGACAACUUCCCAGGUCAGCGAGAUUGUGAAGCACUGUAAUGACCGCAAACUGGCCAUCUGCCCACAAGGUGGUAAUACAGGUCUUGUUGGAGGAUCUGUGCCUGUUUUUGAUGAGGUCGUAGUUUCACUUAGUGGUAUGUCACAAAUUAGAUCGUUCGACGAGACGUCGGGUAUUCUGAAGGUGGAUGCUGGGUGUAUUCUCGAAUCGACAGAUCAAUUUCUGGCUGAAAAAGGCUAUAUCUUUCCACUUGAUCUGGGUGCUAAGGGCUCUUGCCAAAUUGGAGGUAAUGUUGCCACUAAUGCUGGAGGUUUGAGAUUGUUGAGGUACGGAUCGUUGCACGGCUCCGUUCUCGGAAUCGAGGCAGUCCUUCCAGAUGGAACAGUUUUUGAUUCCAUGCACUCUCUCCGCAAGGAUAACACCGGUUACGACCUCAAACAACUAUUUAUUGGAUCCGAGGGUACCUUGGGAAUUAUCACGGGUGUUUCGGUGUUGUGUCCAGCCAGACCAAAGGCAGUCAAUGUUGCAUUCCUCGGUGUUGAAUCGUACGAAGCUGUUCAGGAUACUUUUUCAAAGGCCAAGCGCGAGCUUUCAGAGAUUUUGAGUGCUUUUGAGUUUAUGGAUCGCGAGUCUCAAGUCGUUAACAAGAAAUUCCUUAAGGCCCCGCAUCCGCUGGCAGAGGGCUCGGAUGAAAUCCCCGAGUAUCCCUUCUACAUUCUCAUCGAGACCUCAGGAUCUAAUAAGGAGCAUGAUGACGCAAAAUUGGAACAAUUUUUGGAGACCAGUAUGGAGGAUGGUACUAUUUUGGAUGGUACAGUGUCCCAGGAUGAGGCACAAACCCGCACUCUUUGGGCGUGGCGUGAGGGAAUUUCUGAGGCAUCUCAAAUCGAAGGUGGUGUCUACAAGUAUGAUGUGUCUUUACCACUGAGCAAACUGUAUGAUCUCGUGAUCGCUGCCCGCGAGCGCCUACGUGAGGCCAAUUUGAUAGGAGAAACAGACGAGUACCCCGUCGUGGAUCCUGUCGGAUACGGCCAUGUCGGUGAUGGAAACUUGCACUUGAAUGUUUGUGUUAGAAGAUACACCAAGGAGGUUGAGAAAGUGCUUGAACCAUUCAUUUAUGAAUGGAUCAGCCAACACCAUGGCUCCAUCUCCGCGGAACACGGUUUGGGUUUCCAAAAGAAGAACUAUGUCCACUACUCCAAGAGCGAUGUCGAGAUUGCUAUGAUGAAGGAUCUGAAACGUCAUUAUGAUCCCAAUGGGAUCCUAAACCCAUAUAAGUAUAUUUAG